CAAAGUGGAAAACUGCAUUUCUCACAUUUGUGUGAAAACUUGUGAAGUGAAUAGACGUGCGCGCGCACCUUUAAUCGUUAGUUAAAAAAAAAAGAAUUAAAAAUAUUGUAGUCAGCUAUACACUUUGACAGCGACAAAAUUGAGGCAAGUAUUUAUUAUAUAAAUCACUAUUUAUUGUUUUUAUUGUUUAUUUUUAAAUAUGAAAUCGUUUCCCAUGCAAAUUGAAAUAGCGUCAAGAGUACCAAUCUGCACACUAGACGCCGCUCUGGAUUUCGAAGAUAAACUAAAUUCCAAAGAGUUUGCUGACGAAACGAAAAUUUAUCUUCAACAAAUAAAAGGAGCAAAUGCAUCCGUAGAUGAGGUAAUGAGAAAAAUCUUUACCGACAAUGUCCUUUUUGAAUUUAAUUUUGAUGGAAGGAAACAAAAACGGGCGCUUAACAAGCUUAAACUUGUUAAUGAAGUUUUAUUCGAUGUAUUUGUAAUGGAAGGACGGCCAGGUUUUGAACGGGCAUUAAGAAGAGUGGUGAACCUUAGCCACAAUAGGUACCGCCAAAACAAAUUAUCUUUAAAUAAACGGUCGGAACAACAACAACCAAAGCAGGUGCAAUUUUUAAAUAAUGUAUGGAUGCAAUGGAAAAAUAAAAAAAAAAUAAAAAUAACCUGUAUUUGUUUUAUUUUAUAUGGAGUAGGAUAAAAGGAUAAGUAUACCAUACUACUUUACCAUCGUACUGCUUUACCAUCGUACUUCUUUACCAUCAUA